AACUGGGGUGUCCCCCCCCACCAGCAGCCCUUCCACAGGGAGGACGAUGAAGUCGGGGUGUCGGGGCACCGGACCUCACGCCCACUCGGUGCACCUGCUGCAGGUCCCGCCCACCCGUGCAGGGCGCAGUUGUCCAGCCUGCCCAGUUAGGAGGAAGAGGGACAGCUUAGCUGGACACCGGAGCGAUUCAGCCACACGAGGGACGUGCCCGGCCCUCGCCCCAAAAGAAUCUCCAGUCGGGGAGCCGCGCGCACUCUGCCCACCCGCCCCCCAUACAGGUGCACUCCGUGAACCGCACGCUGCGCGAGGACAGAAGUGCGUGAUGGCGCAGCGGCCGUGCAAGGCAGAGGGUUUCCACGCACCUGUGGCUCCGCGCGGGUGGUGCGUGAACUUCUGUGCGCGUGUGUCUUCUCCGCAGGUGCGCCUUCUCUGGGCUCCGCCCCUUCUCCGGACUCCGCCCCUCGCUCCUUUAGGCUCAGGUGCACCAGCCGGAAGUGCGCUCCCGUCCCAGGUGAGUGACUAAACUUUCCGGGUCACAUGAGCGGGCGGGGCCGGUGGGGGUCGGAGCACCGACCGACUGAGCAAGGUUGGAGUACGGAGAGGGACGCGGACAGGGCAGCGCGGCGAGAUCCAGGCGCCCGGGCCAGGUACCCAGUGGCAGGUACUCCCACCCCCAAGCCGGCGGCUCGCGAUGCGGUAGGAGUGGCGCGCUCCCAAAGCCCGGUGUUCGGCUCCACCACCCCGGCGCCCCAGCCCAUGGCGAUCUCGGCGCUGGGGCUGCUCCUGGCGCUCGGCCUGCCGCUGCUGCUGACCCGCUGGGGCCGAGCUUGGGCUCAAGAAACCAGCGCGACGGCCACUUUGGCGAAUGAGACCAGUACUGUUCCACCCACGGGUCCCAGCUCCGAUGGGGGCCUGUCCCAGGGCGCCAUUACCGCCAUCAUUGUGGUCUUCUCCAUCCUGGGGGUGCUCAUCGUGGUGGUGCUGCUGUUCCUGCUGGUGCGGAAGCUUCAGGAGAAACGACAGACAGAGGGCACCUACCGGCCCAGCAGUGAGGAGCAGUUCUCCCAUGCGGCCGAGGCGCAGGCCCCUCAGGACUCCAAGGAGCCGGUGCGGGGCUGCCUGCCCAUCUAGGUCCCUCUUCUGUUUUUCUCCUCUUGCUGUGUGGCCUUGGGCAGGGGACCAGGGGGGCCUCUCUGGACCCUCCCCCGUCUCACUCAGUGCUUAAGCCAAUAGGUGCUUCCAAAAUCCUUGCCUUGAUGGGCGAAGGAGGGUGGGGCUGUACCCUUUUGUAUAUUUAUAUAAAACUGGGAGGGAGAGAGAGAGAGAGAGAGAGAUGGUUUUCUAGCUGGAACAUGCGGGCAUUAGCCUGGGUGGGCAAGGCAGGUGGCCAGGAUCUCAGGGGACAGAGGAGGAGGGUUUUCUGGGGAGAUAACCCCGCACCCCCGAA